CUGUCCAGUGUGCAAGGAGGUUUUAAGGGAUCCAGUCCAGUUCAUGUGUGGACAUGAGUCCUGCAAACAGUGUGUCACUUCAGAUUCACCAGCAGAGGACUCCUGUCCACAGUGUGGAAAGAAAUCCAGAAUAACAUUGAAAAACCUGAAAGAUACUGAAGAUGACAAUGGUGACAUCAAACUGUUUGAGGCAAAGAAGACAUGGAAAGAAGCGAUGCAAAAAAAAUUUUUUUUGGUGUCUGAAGGUAAUGGUGACAAGCCGAGUCCUUUGAACAACAUCUAUACAGAGCUCUACAUCACCACUGGGGAGAGUGAAGGGCCUCGUACAGAGCAUGAGUUCAGAUAUGGCACAAGUAAACUGGAAACGUGUUCAUCAGUCAGUCUGAGUGACAUCUUCAGACCGUUGCCUGAUCAAGACAAACCUCACAGAACAGUUGUGACGAAGGGCGUCGCAGGAAUUGGAAAAUCAUUUUCUGUGCAGAAAUUAAUUCUUGACUGGGCCGAAGAGAAGGCAAACCAGGAUCUAGACUUUGUUUUCAGUCUUGCUUUCAGAGAGCUGAAUUUGAUUACAGGUGAAAAAAACCUACAUGAGCUCCUGACUUUAUUUCACCCCACACUGUCAGAACUCAAAGAUUCAGUGGAUUAUACCAAAACCAAGACUGUCCUGAUCCUGGACGGUCUGGAUGAAAGCAGGUUUCAGCUGGACUUUGAAGGCACUAAGACUAUAACAUCUGUCAAGGAAGCAGCACCUGUGAGGGAUCUCCUAGCAAACAUCAUCCAGGGUAACCUUCUUCCUGAUGCAAACCUCUGGAUUACUUCCCGUCCAGCAGCAGCCAAUCAGAUCCCUGCAGAACAUGUUGACAUGAUGACAGAGAUAAGAGGUUUCAAUGAUCCUCAAAAAGCUGAAUACUUCACGAGGAGAUUUACUCAUGAUCCAGAUCUUGCUGACAGAAUCAUUAAACAUAUUCAGUCUUCACAGAGUCUCAACAGCAUGUGUCAGAUCCCAAUCUUCUGCUGGAUUUCUGCAGUGUUAUUCCAGGAAGUCUUUGGAGGAGACGAGAAAACUGAAAUUCCUCAAACUCUUACAGAAAUGAUGGCACACUUUCUCUGUGUCCAAACAAAACACAGAAGUAGAAAAUAUGACAAGAAGGUUGAGACAAACAAAGAGAAGCUUCUGAAAACACAGAGGAAAUUUCUUCUGAAACUCGGCAAGCUUGCAUUUGAGCAGCUGCUGAAGAACAACCUCAUCUUCUAUGAGGAAGACCUGGAGGCCUGUGGCAUUGACAUUAAAGAAGCAUCCAUUGACUCUGGAUUUUGCACCACAGUUCUUCGAGAAGAAAAAAUAAUUUUCCAGAAAAAUGUCUUCUUCUUUGUGCAUCUGACUGUGCAGGAGUUCUUUGCAGCUCUCUACAUCUAUGACUGUGUCACUAACAAUGAUACUAAAGAUCUCAGCAUCUUCUUUGAUUUAAAGGACAAGGAGCAUACUUUAAUUGAACUUCUUAAAAUAACAGUAGACAAAGUGCUGGAGAAGAAAAAUGGCCACCUGGACUUCUUCCUGAGAUUCCUCCUUGGCCUCACAGUUGAACCCAACCACAGAGUCCUUCAUGGUCUGCUGACUCCAACAGAUCGAAGCCAAGAUACUGACAAGAAAAUCUUGACUCACAUCAAAUCUAUGCGAAGGAAGAACCUCUCUCCAGACAGCUGCAUCAACCUUUUCCAGACUAUGGUCGAGAUGAGAGAUCACAAAGUCAAAGAUGAGAUUCAGGAAUAUCUCAAAUUGUCAGAUCAUUCAAAAACAGAGUUGACUCCCCUGCACUGCUCUGCACUGGCCUACAUGCUGCAGGUAUCAAAGAACGAUUUGGAAGUCUUGGACUUAAAGAGUUACAACACAUCAGAUGAGGGCAGACGAAGGCUGAUACCGGCAGUGAGGAGCAGCAAAAAGGCCUUACUAACAGACUGUAAAGUAAGUGAAGAGUGGGUUGAUCAUCUGGUCGCUGCUCUCAAAUACCCCUUCUCACCGCUGAGAGAUCUGGACCUGAGCAACAAUGACCUGAAAGAUUCAGGA